AUGAAGCCAUCUAUCCUCGGCCGACCAUUCCUGCGGACGCUGCCGCUCAUCGCGGGCGCUGCCGCUCUGAUGGUCGGCAUCGCCUGCGGCGGAGCCGAAACGCCGGCCGCGCCCGCUGCGCCGGCUCCGGCGGCCACUCAGGCUCCCGCAAUGGCGCAGCCCACCAACACGCCGAUCCCUGAGGCCAUGGCCGCUACGGUGCGUCCUACCAACACGCCGGCGCCCACCGCGGCCCCGCGCGUUGCCGCCACUCCGACCCCUAUCGCGGGGCCACAGUCCGGCGGCACUCUGCUGAUGUCCGCCUACGCCGACACCAAGGACUGGGAUCCUCUCGGAUCCUCUUCCCUGUCCAGCGUGAUCUCCUACUCGCAGUUGUACAAUCAGAUCGUGCAGUACGACACGGUUGACACCUCUGCAAUCACUGGCGACCUGGCCGAGUCGUGGGACGUGAGCGAAGACGGCCUCACCUAUACCUUCCACUUGCGAGACGACAUGCAGUGGACUGACGGCACCGAGAUCACCUCGGCUGACGUCAUCGCCACCCAUUCCCGCUACGCCAACCCGUGCAACGGCACCGGUCGUUCCGGACUCUGGCGCAACUACACCGUCAAGAUGGAAGUGGUUGACAAGGCCGGCGGCAACUGCACCGCCACCAACCAGGAUGACGUGCUGCGGGCCAUCGACGACAAGACCGUCGAGUUCAACCUCCAGUUCGCCUCGGGCGCAUUCAUCAAGUUCCUGGCCAUUGACUACGCCAAGGUGCUGCCGGGACACCAGCUGGACUCCGACCCCAAUUGUGCGGUGCGCGACGCGGCCAACCCGUGCUUCCUCAACCUCGGUGAAAACAUCAUCGAGCGAGGCACCACCUCCGGCCCCUACAUGUUGGAAGAGUACCAGGUCGGCGACUUCUACAAAGUCAGCCGGAACCCUGACUACUUCAAAGAUGGGCGCCCCUACGUUGACCGGAUUGAGCAUUACAUCUUCCCCGGGACGGCCAAGGACCGGCUGAUCGCCCAGUUUGAGGCCGGCGGCCUCGACAUGGCCAACGGCGGUUUCACCAACCUGUCCCCAACACAGUACUUCGACCUCGAAAAGAGCACUGACGGCGAGUAUGUGGCCCACCCCAUCGCCGCCGGCACCAACUGGGGCCUGAUGCUCAACGUCAAGAAGCCCCAGUUCCAGGACCACAAGGUCCGCCAGGCCAUCAACUUGGCCGUGGACCGUCAGGAAAUCGACGAGCGCGUCUUUGACAACUCCGGCGGCAGCUACUGCCCGCUGAUGGGUCUGGCCCACGCCAAUGACGUGUGCCUGGACUGGCCCGGCAUCCGCUCCAAGGAUACGGCUGAAGGGCAGCAGGACCUGGCUGAUGCCAAAGCCCUGAUGGCCGAGGCCGGCGUGCCCGACGGCUUUGAAGUCACGUACACUGUCCGCCAGGUCGGGAACUACCCCGACCAGUGCCAGAUCGUCAAGCAGCAGUUGCAGGAUGCCCUGGGCAUCACCGGCGACAUCGAGACCCUGCCCAGCGCGGCCGGUUACGCCAAGUACGGCACCUCCCGCGCCGAAGGCUCCUCCGGUGACUGGGAAAUCAGCUGCCAGGGCGAGGGCAUGGUCGUGUUUGACGCCGACGCCGUUUACGGUGGCGUCUACCUCAAGGGCGGCACCCGCAACUACACCGACUGGUCCAACGACUCGGUGGUGGAUUGGUUCGAGAACCAGAAAGUGGAACUCGACCCCGAAGCCCGCCGUGAGAUCAACAAGGAAGCCGAGCUCUGGCUCCAAACCUUCGAAGACAACCACUGGGUUACCAUGCAGUUGGGUCAACUCUUCUGGGUGGUGCACCGCGACAUCAAGGGGUUCAACGCUCCUUCCACUGUCCAAUACCAGUUCAAGCACGAAGACCUGUGGCUGGACCGCUAG